AACCUCACAGUUUUUCAGUGUGGAAUGGUGAUCCGUUGAUCACUCCAACUUUUGCUGUCAUUAAUUUAUCAAAAAGUAAUAAAUAAAUAAUGGCUUCUCGCAAAGCUAUUAAAGCCAUUAAUUGGUCCGCGAUUGCCGAAAGGAUUCAAGAGAGUGAAAAGCCCAUUUUUGCUAACUUUCGUACUAAAUCUGAGGGCUUCCUAAGACGCAUGAACGAGUUCCCAGAAACAGUUCCAGCAAUUGAUUGGGCUCAUUACAAAAAAAAUAUUCCCAACUCAGCAAUGGUUGACGAGUUCCAAAAGCAAUAUUCAAGUCUGUCAAUCCCAAUUCCAGCUGAUAAGUACACUUCAAUUGUAGAACAGCAAGAAAAAGAAGCGUCGGAACACGUCAGAAACUUCAUCACAGAAUCUCACAAGCGAAUUGAGGAAUACAAAGCUGAAAUCAAUAAGAUCAAUUCAAUGAUACCAUUUGAACAGAUGACUAUGGAAGACUUUGCAGAACUGUACCCAGAACAUGCAUGGAGCCCAGAGAAACCAACAAUCUGGCCACACGACCCCAAUUACCAGCCUGGUGAGGAGCCCGAGCCAAUUCCAAAAGGCGAGCACUAAAUUUAAAGAUUCAAUAAACAAUUGUCGGUGAUGUACAAUUGUAGUACACUGUAUAAUAACUACCUAGAAUUUUUAAAUAAAUAUAUUCAACUGUCAGUAAUUAUUUAUGACAAUUGUUAUUUAUAAUUCUGACAAUCAAGUCUCGGUUCAAGAUUAUUGUAAUUGUUCUUGAGUGAAUAAAUUCUAUUAUACAUAUAAA